ACAAGUGAAGUGAUAUUGUGGGAUAAUUACACUAAUGACGGCUGAACUUUGAGCCACUGACAAAAUAGUACCUACAUUUUUAUGUUCUACCAAACUGGUACAGCCCAAUUCUCAUCUUUCCCGCAGCCGCUACCAUGAUCUGAUCUAACCCUCCUUCUCCCCAAAGCACCGGAAGAAGAGUCGGCGAGAAUUCGCACGCCAUGAUCUCUCCAAUAUCGGACCGUUAAUUUGAGAAGUGGGUUCAGUCAGUCACCGGCUCUUGAUCGGAAACCAUGGCCAACAACUUCAAGGAAGAGCCCAAGACCGCACCACAGCCGGAUCGCUGGUACGAUCUCUCCCUCGGUUCUUCAUUCAAAGAAGACGCUUCCAACAAGUACUGUGCUUUGCGAUAUGAAUUCAAGCCGGCCUCCAUUGACAAGUCGAAGCCUGGCGCUUUGCGCAAGAACAAAGGGAACAGGGUCUCUCUGGAGUUUCAGAGCAACCAAUCGGUGAAAUCCAAAGUGCAUUUCGAAGGCAGCAGCGAGGAUUACAAAGAAAACGAUGCAGUCUUGUUCUUUGACGGCCACACAUUUCGCCUGGAGAGGCUUCAUAGGGCUGUCAAGCAGCUCAAACACAUGAGGCAGCCUGGCGAAUGUACUGCUACUGCUGCUGGUGGGUCGUCUGGGGACUCUCGAUUGUCUCCUCCAGUUGGGAAGGGUAUCAAACCUCCCCAAAUUGGCAAACCUGCAAUGCCUUCCUUUCCUGUCGAGGUAGAACGAAUUGAUGUCGAGAUGCCACCGAUUCCAGCUUCAAUAUACUCUGGUAAGGAGAUCAAUGAUCACCAAAUCGAACCACCAAAGGUCGGCAAGCCAUCUAGCCCCAAGAAUAAUGAUGAAGCCAAAGAACACUGUGAUAUAGAUAUAGAAGACAUAUUUGGUUCAAGUUCCCCUUACGGUGGUGAUGAUAAUGCCAUGACAACCGAAGACCACAACAUUGUUGUGGUUCCUGCUGACAACCAUGCUCCUCCGCAGCAGCAUGAGAACGACUCUGAUGAUGAGAUUGCUGAUGUGGACGACAGCGGCGACGAAGAACACAAAGGGCGCCGCAUCAAUGCAGCAGAAGCGCUCAAAGCUCAGGUGAAUAAUGCCACCGGUGGUGAUGAUGAUAAUCGGUCGUCUAGUUCGAGAAGCAGCAGUGGUAGUGGAAGCAGUGGUAGUGGAAGUGGGAGCAAUAGCAGCAGCAGCGACAGUGAAGGAAGUGAUGAUGAUGUUUCUGUCACCUCCAUUUGACGGAAGCUGGAGUUAAUAAAGAAAGCAAUGAUUUUUUGAGCUGCCAUUGUUUGCUUGUUCAUUAGCAGGUGCAAGAGCUCUUGUUUUUCUUACUUUCAUUUUGACAGAGGAUAGAAAGCGAGUCCCAGUUUUGGAGAAGACAAAGCGAAGAUGAGAUGUGGCUAAAGAUGAAGCAAUGGGGAACCACGUUUGUUUACGUCUUCUGAAAGAAAAUGGCAACUUCAAUCUAUGCUGAUAAUCAAAGUGUCUAAUUAGAAUUAGGUUUUUGCUUUUAUGGUACAACUUGAAAUUGUACCUUUAACGUUACGGUACAACUUCAGAUUGUACCUAUAUUUUUUGUACAAAU